CUUGGCUCACUGAUUCUAUUAAACCCGCUUCCAGCUCCGCUAGGUUAAAUAGGAAGUCUGGGGCAGGGGCACUUCUCUUUCAUUAUCCAUCCCUAUCUCUGCUUAACUUCUCCAAUAUGCCGGGUCAGGUAGCCGAAGAAGAGCACCUCUCUGCUUUAAUGGAGGAGCAAAAACUAAAUCCUGACGAGCCCAUAGUUGAGGAUGUUAAGGACGAUGAGAGUGAUGAAGACGAGGAUGACGAUGACGAUGAUGACAAGGACGAAGGAGGCGAGCAAGGUGCUGCUGGAAAUGAGGGUUCUAAGCAGAGUAGGAGUGAGAAAAAGAGCAGGAAGGCCAUGCUGAAGCUGGGGAUGAAAGCUGUUACUGGCGUCAGCAGAGUGACUAUCAAAAGAACCAAAAACAUCUUGUUUGUGAUCUCGAAACCUGAUAUUUUCAAGAGCCCAAAUUCCGAGACCUAUGUGAUAUUUGGUGAGGCAAAGAUUGAGGACUUGAGCUCACAACUUCAGACUCAAGCAGCCCAACAGUUCAGGAUGCCUGAUAUGAGCAAUGUUCUGGCCAAGCCAGAUGCAUCAGCUGCUGUCCAAGAUGAUGAAGAGGAAGAUAUUGAUGAAACAGGCAUUGAAGCUCGAGACAUUGACCUGGUCAUGACCCAAGCGGGAGUAUCAAGAGCUAAGGCGAUUAGAGCCCUCAAGGGUUCAGAUGGAGAUAUAGUCAGUGCCAUUAUGGAGCUUACCACUUAAGUAUUUUAAAUUUUAAAUUUUUUUGGGUAAGUUUUUGGCCUAGUAGUAAGGCAAUGGCAUUUAAUGGUUUGGAUUACGAAUCUGAAUUCUCUUAUUCUUAAUUUUCAAUGCUGUUUUUUUCAUUUUUGUCCAUCGAGUCAAGACUUGAGUGAUGAUAUUUUGAAGGUGGCAGAGACUUAGGCCUGGAGAACAAGAACUACCUCACAUGUUUAUCCUUUUAUUAUGAUUGAUGAGUUCAGUGAGUGGAGUUCAAUAGUACU